AUGAUUGUGCAUGAGGAAAACCUAUAUGCCAUCACUGCGGAGUCAAUGGGAGCCCUUUUCAUACUGAGCACAGUGGCCAGCGCUCCCAUGGAAGACGUAACAGCCAGUUCCCCAAACGGACUGAAAUGGUUCCAGCUCUUCGUCAUGGCAGAUCGGGACUGGACCGAAUCCUUGAUCCGCAGGGCCGAGAACGCCGGGCUGGCCCAUUAUCAAGAGAAGCCAGCUGCUACAGGAACAAGGAGUCUGAGCACCAAUGCGGGCUCGGUAGAUGCAGGCCUCUCGUGGAUCACCCAACUGCUGUUGAUUUUGAAAGGCAUUGUAACAGCAGAAGAUGUUCAACUGGCAGUUCAGAGAGGUGCUGCUGGAAUCAAAGUGUCCAACCAUGGAGCAAGAACAUUGGAUGGACUGCCUGCAACUAUCGAUGUGCUGCCUGAGAUCAUCCAUGCAGUAGAUGGACACUGUGAAGUAUACCUUGAUGGUGGAAUUACUCACGGAUCAGACAUCUUUAAGGCUCUGGCACUGGGUGCUCGCAUGGUUGUGGCAGCAUAA